AUGCUCGUCGAGCUAACAAGUCCUCGUGUAGCGGCCGCCCAGAACCCAACCGCUUUCAGAUCCUCUUUCGCUAGACUUGCGAGCCCUGCAGCGAUUGCGGUUGGUCAGAUUAGACCGGCAACAUCCACAUCUACAUCAUCCACCGAAACCGUCGAUCCUACCCAAAUCCUUGCCCAACAACGUCUUAACCGCCCCGUUUCUCCUCACCUUACCAUCUACCGACCCCAGAUUUCCUGGUACCUAUCUGCUCUCAAUCGUAUCACCGGUUCGGUUCUCUCUGGCGGUCUAUACGUUUUCGCCACCGCAUAUCUCGUUGCUCCUGCCAUUGGCUGGCAUUUAGAAUCCGCAUCACUCGCUGCUGCUUUUGGCGCCCUCCCCCUCGCUGCGAAGUUCGCGAUUAAGCUCGGUGUUGCCAUGCCAUUCACCUUCCACUGCAUGAACGGUGUUAGACAUCUGAUCUGGGAUUUGGGAAAGAAAUUGAGUAACAAGGAAGUUAUCGCUACUGGUUGGACUGUUGUUGGGCUGAGUAUGGCCAGUGCCUUUGCCUUGGCUCUGAUCUGAGUGUGAUAUCUGUUUAUAUCUGUAGUUUAUUUCCUGUGAAUAUAUAAGUUGCUUACCACUUUUGUGCAGUUCACGUUUGUCAACAGGUUAAUGGCAUUCUAGUAGCUGUAAUGUCAAUUCAAGUCGG